GAAUUUGACGCAACGAACAAAGUUUUGAAAUCUCAUAAACACAAUAUCUCCGAUAUAAAUGAACUUCAAGCUACAUUAAAUAGUAAAGCCGACAAAAAUCAUACACAUAAAUCCUUCACUACUGUUAGAGCAGACGACAUAAUAUUGAACUAUGAUUUGGGUUCAAGUGCACCUUUAGAGAAUCCGAGUACAAGCGUAAAAGAUACUCUUAACAAUUUAGAUAAGAGUUGUAGGAAUAUCGAAGAUCAUGCCAGAAACUUUGAAGCAUAUGAACUACCAUCAAUGUUAGACAGUAAAGCCGACAAAAAUCAUACACAUAAAUCCUUCACUACUGUUAGAGCAGACGACAUAAUAUUGAACUAUGAUUUGGGUUCAAGUGCACCUUUAGAGAAUCCGAGUACAAGCGUAAAAGAUACUCUUAACAAUUUAGAUAAGAGUUGUAGGAAUAUCGAAGAUCAUGCCAGAAACUUUGAAGCAUAUGAACUACCCGCAAUGUUAGACAAGAAAGCAGACAAAACAGAGCUUCAAACAUUAAAGACUCAGAUUCUUGAAACAUUAUAUCCUAUAGGCUCUAUUUAUACGUCAAUGAACUCAACAAAUCCAGCAACAGUUUUAGGUUUUGGUACAUGGCAGCAGAUUGUAGACAAAUUCUUAUACUGUGCUAACUCUUCAAAGCAAACAGGAGGUUCGAAGAAAAUUACUGAAGCAAACCUUCCACCGCACACUCAUACAGGAACUACAAACUUUUCUGGCGACCAUAGCCACUCAUUAAGAGACCAUCCAUUAUACAACUCAGAGUAUGAAGCUGGCAAUGAUGUUUUAUCUCCAUCUUAUAACAAUUCAGCAAAAAAGACUUUUCGACCAACUGAACCAGGAGGAAAUCAUGUCCAUACUUUCACAACAAAUCCAACAGGCUCGGGUGCAGAUUACAUGCCACCAUUUGUGACUGUAUUUGCAUGGUACCGCGUUCAAUGA